CAGGUGUACCUGUUCGAGCUCUCCAUCUCCAAGGUGGUCCCCGGUGACCGCGGCGAUUAUCGCUGCGAGGUCACGGCCAAGGACAAGAAGGACAGCUGCUCCUUCAACAUCGACGUGGAGGGUGAGAAUCCCAAAAAAACCCAAAAUUCACCCCAAAAUUUACCUGGGAACACCAAAAUUCACCUGGGCACCUCAAAAUCCACCUGGGAACCCAAAAAUCCUCCGGGGACACCCCAAAAUUCAUCCCCCUGGCAACCCCAAAAUGCACCUGGGGUGGGCUGUCGCAGGGAGGAGCAGCAGGAGGAGGUGAAGAAGAAGAAGAAGGACGAUGAGGAGGACACCAUCCCGCCCGAGAUCUGGGAGCUGCUCAAGGGCGUCACCAAGAAGAGCGAGUACGAGCGCAUCGCCUUCCAGUACGGCAUCACCGACCUGCGAGGCAUGCUCAAGCGCCUCAAGAAGAUCAAGGUGGAGCCCAAG